AAAAUUCAAUUACUUUAUACUUUAUACAUCAAAAGAUCUAGAACUUGUUAGGCGUUGUUAGAAUUUCUAUGCUCUUGAAGCUGGCUGUAUAUACUCAGUAUUACUCACGUAUUUUGUUAACUUUGCUAUCUUUAAUCAAAAAUGUGUAUAUGAUGUAUUGAUUUGCAUGUUACAUGUAAGGUGAAUACGCUCGUUUGACGUUAUAUAUGUGAAAAGUCAUAGAUUUAAACGGUACAUCUUUUACAUUGAUUUGUCAGUAUGCCUGCAUAUCAUUCAAGCUUCAUUGAAAAUAAUGGAAAUGUCGGUAAUAUGGCACUUUUGCCAAUUAGAACGCAUUUUAGGGGCCCUGCACCUCCCUUUAACAAUAAGGAUCUAGAUAUAAUUGACGAAGCAUUGUAUUUCUUUAAGGCAAAUGUGUUCUUUAGGACAUAUGAAAUUAAGAGUGAAGCUGAUAGAGUUUUAAUUUACAUUACGUUAUAUAUAACGGAGUGCUUGAAGAGAUUACAGAAGUGUGCAACUCAAGCUCAAGCAACAAAUGAAAUGUAUUCUCUUGCUAUAUCAAAAUUUGACAUCCCUGGUGAUCCUGGUUUUCCUUUGAAUUCUGUAUAUGCAAAACCAAGUAAUCCUGUAGAAGCAGAUACUAUGAGGCAAUAUUUACAACAAAUAAGACAAGAAACAGGUGUUAGACUUGUAGAAAAGGUAUAUGGUGAAGAUGGUAAACCAAGUAAAUGGUGGCUAUGUUUUGCAAAGAAAAAGUUCAUGGAUAAGUCACUGUCUGGCCCUGGACAAUAAAAUAUAUUUUUUAACGCUAUUUUUAGAUUAUAUGUAUAAUGGAUAAAUAUAGAAAUGUAUUGCACAGAA